AUGGCACACUUUCUCAUCAGGACCAAGCCUGGAGAUGCAUUCAUGGAGCUCAUGGAAGGCAAGAUCUGCAAGAAACUCCUCACCUUCCUGCUCUUCAGCUUCAUCUUCAGCUCCUGUCUCUUUGCUUCUCUUCGUCAGUUCAGGACUUCUGAGCCAGAGCAUUAUGAUUCCAUUCCCUCUCCGCUAAGAGCCCACACUGGAAACACCAGCGCCCCACCAAAGGGUGGACACAGGCUGACCAUCCUGCUGUGGAAGUGGCCCUUUGGGCACCACUUUAACUUCAAAAACUGCUCAGAGCUCUACAGCACCCUGGACUGCCAUUUCAUCAAACACAGCUGGUCCCAAAAGGCUGAUGCUGUGAUUAUGCAUCACAAGGAUGUGUGCAGGGACAUGGAGGGGCUGGCCCAGCUCCCCAGACUCCCCUCCCAGCGCUGGAUCUGGUUCAACCUGGAGUCCCCAAGUCACUCUCCAAACUUAGGUGCCACGGACAACCUCUUCAACCUGACCAUGUCUUACUGGAGAGACUUGGACAUCUUCAUCCCUUAUGGGGAGCUGCAGCUCCUCAGCCAGCCCCAGCCUCUCAGCAUCCCACCCAAGACCAAGCUGGUGGCCUGGGUAGUCAGCAACUGGAGAGCAGGCUCCCACCAGGUAAAGUACUACCAGGAGCUGAAGAAACACAUCGCUGUGGAUGUCUACGGGCAACAUCACUUGCCCCUGCCCUGGGACAAGCUCCUUCCCACUGUGUCCCAGUACAACUUCUACCUGGCUUUUGAGAACUCGCAGCAUGAAGACUACAUCACUAAGAAGCUCUGGAGGAAUGCCUUGUCCUCUAGCACCAUCCCCAUUGUGCUGGGGCCUCCUUGAGAAAACUACGAGCGCUUCUUGCCCCCUGACUCCUUCAUCCAUAUUGAUGACUUUGCCAGCGCUGGGGACCUGGCGCAGUACCUCUGGGAGCUCAGUGAGGAUGCCGAGAGAUAUCAGCGCUACUUCCAGUGGCGCAAGUGGUUGAAACCCGUGGCGGGGGCUGGCUGGGCCCUGCAUGUCUGCAGAGCUUGUCACUUCUUGCAGAUGACGGAGGCCAGGUACCGGGUUGUGCCUGAUCUGUCUGAGUGGUUUGUGUAGCUGCUGUUUGCUCGACUCUCUGCUGUGCUGCAAACUUUUUGUCCUUGCUGGUGGGUAGCAAUUUCACGGGAUGAUUGAACUUGAUGGAAAU